GUUGCUUAUGUGUUCAUUGCCACUGAAAUCCUUUAUACGAAAACAGAUAAGCAUUUUCUCAAGACAUUUGCUUCAUGAAGAAUUCAGUUUCACAGCCUGCGGAUUUUUUUCGAUAAACGCUGCCCUGCUGCAAACGAUUGUGGGCUCUGUGGGGGUGUACCUCGUUAUGUUUAUUCAGUUUAAUUCUGCCGGAUUUCAGUAUUCUUUUUCUAGACGCAACGCUUCGCAAUAAAAAAUCGAAUAAUUUAUAACAUAAAAAAUUUUUCUCGUAAUUAAUAAAAACAGCGUAGAUUUAAACUAGAAUGAUGCUAUACAUCUGUGAAUCUACAUUAUCACAUACUUGUAUAUUGUAUUAUACUUUUAUUCUACUUUAAUGAUAGAUAGACAGAAUGAGUAAUAUGAACUGAUAUAAAAUAUAUUGGGAGAACUAUUUAUUUUGUAGAAUUUAAAAUAAGUGGGAGGGGGGUUAAUCACGACGACCGUAAAGACCUAUUGUGUCUCUCUUUAUUGAGGGAUUUUUCUAUUGUAGGAGGGACAGGGUAUUUCUCAUCCUCUUCUGAAAACAGUUGUUCUUCCUCCUAAGGUUCUGAGCCUGGACAACUUUAUAUCUUAGUAUUCAUUUUUUCCAAUGAAACAUUUUUCUGUUAGGUGAAAUCGCAAUAAAGAAUAAUCAAUAUCAAAAAAAGCAAAGUAAUACAAAAAGUUUUUCAAUUAUUUCCUCAUUCCAAUUAUACUCUUGUUUCUUAAUAUUUAACAAUUAAUUAAAAAAUAAAUUUAAUCAAACCUGUUAUAAUUCUAUAUGUUUUCAAUAUCUGAAUAUGUAG